GGAAGGAGGUGGAGAAGGAGGAGGAGGAAGAGGUGGGCGCUGCUGCUGCUGCUCCUGCUCCUGCCGCCGCCGCCGCUGGUGCGACGACGUAAGAUCCACCUCAGCUCAACUCCCCUCGCAUCCCAGCCAGCACUUCCUCACUUCCUCGAGUGGCUGUCCGCCGCACACCGCUUGCUGCUGCCUCUGCCGCCGCCGCCUCCUCCUCCGCCGGGGGGCUUGAUCGAGCCGCAGCUCGGCUUCCCCCGCUCCGGGACUGCGGGCGGGGGGGCUCCCCGGACCCGCCACUCGCCGGGAGGGGCUGGAUGGUUACCCCGGGCAGGCUGGUUCCAGGAUGUUAGGGACCGUGAAAAUGGAAGGGCACGAGACGAGCGAUUGGAACAGCUACUACGCCGACACGCAGGAGGUGAGCCGAGCGGGGUGCGAGGAGGGCUUGGAAAAGGGGCUCCGUCCGCCCCCUCGAGGUGUGGCGGGUGUGAGAGAGAGGGGGAGCCAGGGUCCGCUCCCAGAGCCCGACAAAGCCCAGGUCUGCCUCCCUCGACCUUCCAGCUGCACGGGAACCCGGGAAGGAAGGCGCCAAAGAGAAACUAUAGAGGGCAGCGGGGAGAUCUCCCUGGCCGUCGAGUGGACGGAAGACGGGAGUCCUUGGUUUCUUUCUAGGGUCUCGCCUUGGAGACCUACGGGCGCCCCUCCAACGCCUCUUGAUUCUGAGUUAGGGCCUUGAUGUGUGGGGUGGGGUUGUUUGAGGCAAAGACCACUUCUAACCCUCCCGUCGGGGAACGCUUUCCGCCUCGUCGGCCGCCUUCUCUCUCCCUCCCACCUCUCCCUUGGGCUGCUAUUGCACUCUGCUGAGCAUAACAAUCGUUCGUGUGUACUUUGCAACACGCUUCUUUCAAGGCGGCGGCGGCGGAAUAAAAACUGAAACGGGAGCAAUUCUCCCCGCGACCGGCGGGUGGCGCUGCGGAGAAUAGGAUCUCUGGAGCCUGCGACCAGGAACCGGGCUCUGUUUUUUGCAUUGUCCAUUCAUAUCCACGUUCCUGAUUUAACAAUAUGCUCCAAAGAACUUCCAAGAAAAGAUCAAAGACGCGCAAACGAACAAUAACGGGUGGAGGAGCAUGUAAAACCCCGAUGGGGCGGAGGGUGGGAGGGAGAGAGAGAGAGAUGAAUGGGGCCCUCUUAACUGAAUAGGGAGUGAAAGACCGAAAAAUACCCCCCAAAAUGGCUUCAGCUGCGAACUGAGCCUUACAGAACGUGAAAGGGAAAGUGACAAGAUGAUAUGAACAAAAAUAAAAGUGGGGGCGGGGAGGGAGAGGUACCUAGGAUCAAGUAGACCUGACGGCGUGUGUGCAAAAAAUCAGAUAUCGCUCAACAUUGCUUUCCUCCCCAGAGUUAAUGUCCCGGGUUCAUAUGCGCUGCCUGCGCCGGCUGUAGACUCCGGCUGAACAUAUGUGUUUGUGUAGGCUGUCGUAUUCCGGAUUCUUAUUUAAUACUGAAGGGUCAACAGAGGCCAAGGAAGGGGUUUAGUUUAAAUGUAUGCCUCUUCCCAGCGCCAUAGGCACUCAGGAGGGCGGGGGGACCCUAAAAUGCCGCUAGUAUGCUAAUAUGGGGCCCUUCACUGGUAAGCAUAAUUCAUCCUUCUCCGCGCCAGAUUUCCCUCUCUCUCUCAAUUUGAUUUUCCAGUGUUCUAUUGACAAUUUUACAUCCAGUUUUAUUUAUCGCUCACCCGCCCGCACACAUUAUUUUCCCAUCCAGUCUUGCUCCGUGAAGGAUACUUGAUUUUUUUAUUUAAAAAACGUAUUUGUUUUAUAAAUCGUAGCACGCCAGGCAAGGGGGGAAAUGAUUCAUUUAUGGAGAAAUAGUUUUAUAUAGAAAUAUAAUGCUUAUAUAGAAAUUAUAUUCUCCAUCAGUUAUGCUUAGUCACACUGCAUAAUCUUAGGAUUGUUUACUAAAAAAGGGGGAAAAAGUCAGAAGUAGGAGAACCGUCUGUGUAUCACCCACAAUAUCACAACCACCUCUAAGAUGUGCAAACGCUGUCGGAGAGAUAUUCUGUAAGAAAUCUCAGGCAUAUUAUAAAUCUCUUAGCUUUUAGGAAUUUGAAAUUCUAAUUAUAUUAGAGAACCGUGACUACACCUACUGAACGUUUAAAACACAAGCAAACUAGGAAGCGAACCUCUGGGAUACCCUUUCCCGGAUUCAAGCCCAGCUAAUAGCGUGCAUUAGCUGCAGUUGUUUUAGUAAUUACGUUUUUUAAAAAUUAAGCGGGGGUUCGCUUUCUCAGUCUAUUUCCCCCCCAGACUGAUUUUUUUAUUAUUAUUCUUAUUAUUAUUAUUUGGUCUGUUCUUUUAUUCCAGACCGUUCUGUUAUUUGGGACUCAAGGUGGGGAAACUGGCUGAAUCUUAAUUUAGACGGUCGAAAGGUUUGAUGAAGCUUCAGUUGACUAUAAACCUCGGGGAAAUAGAUGGGCGGAGGGAAGCUACCUUUCGCCCCCCCACCUCCAAGAAAAGGCUGUGUUGUUUUGGGCCCAAAAGGUGCAGUUGUUCAUUUUGUAGAAAACUUCCCGGCGGGCCAGGAAUGUGGGGCAGCCAGCACAGAAGAGAGAGAGAGAGAGAGAAGGGGGACGCGGGGUUUGUGUCAAAGAGGCCGCAAAGUUUGUUUUUCCCACCAGCCUCUCUCUGAGACUUUGGGAAGCUUUGGGGCAGGAGGCCGAGGAGGAGCCACGACCUCGGAGAGCUCCAUUUCGGCGCCUUGCAACAAGGCGCGGGGAUUUCGGCCCGGCCUCCUUCGGGAAAGGCACCUGCCUCGGCGGCCUAGCCCAGUGGCAGAUCCGCCACCCGCUUGGAGCAGCGCCGCAAACCGUCGGGUUUCCCUCCUUCCCUUCCUAGGGAUGCGCUUUCUUGUGGCGGCGAGGCUGGCGAUCUUGGAGUGAAUGGCGGCUUCUCUCUCACCGACCUUUCUCUUCCCUCGCUGUAAUUCUUAAGUGUAUUUAAUUAUCACUGGUGUUUCCCUCUAUUUUUUUUUUUAAAUGAAAUAGUACAUGACCUGGCCUUGGAAAAGGGGAAUCUCUGAAGGAGGCGCCGGGCUUCCUCAGAUCCCACUUUAGACGCCCGCGGCAAGGAUGUGGCGUGGCUUGUCUCAGCCGGCGCUUUGCCCUGGCAGGACCCGGGAAGGUCUGUGGGUGUCUGAUCCUUUGGGCCGACUGGUUCUUCUCCCGCGUGUCCCCGAGUUCUGGUUUGUUGCGCGUAAUUUGGCACCCGCAGCCACCCACUCGCGCCGCCAGGAUCUUUGCUUCCUAAGAACAGGGCCUCCUCUUAACAAUGCAGGCCGCAUCCAAACAUCUCCACAACUCUUGUUUUUACUUUCUGUGGAGAUAAAGGCGCUACAGCGGUUUGUGGUUGGCCCUCCGCACUCUUUACUUUGAAGGAAGGAAAACGUUUUAACAGGAUGCGCGCCAAGCUGCGACGCCUUCGGUGCAAAUCGGGACCUUUUACGGAUACGCCUUGGUUCUCCUAUAAAGUUAGAUCGAGUAGAUUCAUAAUGUCGCUGUCCUUCAAAUGCAAACCGUGUGUGUGUGUGUGUGUGAGAGAGAGAGAGACCUCUCCCCCCUUUCCUUCUCACACAACCCCCCCAAAUAAAACCCCUGAUCCAUCCAGGGCCAAGAUAUUUCUAGCGUUUGGAGAAUCAACCUGGACACGCUCACUGCCCCUUCAGCGAACCCUGUGAUAAAUCGCAAACUAGAGACUAGGAUACGGUUAAGAAGGUGCCGCUUUGAGUGUAGUUUGUGAGCGAUAGUCGAGAUCCUAAUCCUCGCCGGCUGGUUGCGUGAGAAAGGAAUCUUGCGAGAGCAGCUGGGAAUUCACCGAGGUGACCAAUAAAGGCAAAGGUCGGAAGGGACUGGGGCAGCAACUGGUGCCACGGAGGGAAGGGAGGUUAGGAAGGUAGGCAGGUGCGUUCCGGCUUCUCGCCUCCUUUCGGCCGUCUAAAUUAAGAUUCAGCCAGUUCCCCCCACGUCUAACCAGUGUCUCCCUCCGCAGGCCUACUCGACGGUGCCCGUGGGCAACAUGAACUCUGGCCUGGGCUCCAUGAACUCCAUGAACACCUACAUGAGCAUGAACGCCAUGACCACCAGCGGCAACAUGACGUCGGGCUCCUUCAACGUGUCCUACGCCAACCCCAGCCUGGGCGCGGGCCUGAGUCCCGGGGCGUCGGGGGGCGCCAUGAACAGCAUGUCGGCCAUGGGCUCGGCGCUCAGCCCCGGCGGCAUGAACGCGAUGGGCAGCCCGCAGGCCUCUCUGAACGGGCUGGGCGCCUACGGGGCCAUGGGCCCUCCCUGCAUGAGCCCCAUGGGGUACGCCGCGCCGUCGCUGAGCCGCGGCGGACGCGACGCCAAGAGCUUCAAGCGCAGCUACCCGCACGCCAAGCCGCCCUACUCCUACAUCUCGCUCAUCACCAUGGCCAUCCAGCAGGCGCCCAGCAAGAUGCUCACGCUGAGCGAGAUCUACCAGUGGAUCAUGGACCUGUUCCCCUACUACCGCCAGAACCAGCAGCGCUGGCAGAACUCCAUCCGCCACUCGCUCUCCUUCAACGACUGCUUCGUCAAGGUGGCGCGCUCGCCCGACAAGCCCGGCAAGGGCUCCUACUGGACGCUGCACCCGGACUCGGGCAACAUGUUCGAGAACGGCUGCUACCUGCGCCGCCAGAAGCGCUUCAAGUGCGACAAGCAGCCCGGAGGAGGCAAAGCGGGACAAGGUGCCGUCGGGGGAGGAGGUGGUGGUGGCAACGGCAGCGAAGGCAGGAAAGACCCCGGAGGAGGAGGAGGAGGUUCGCCUUUGCACCGAGGCGCCAAAGGAGGCCAGCUAGAGUCCGCCCCUUCGAAUCCCGGCUCGGGCAGCCCGCAAGGCCUGGACCACAGCGGGAGCGGAGCGGAGCUGAAGCCGUCGGUGGCCUCUUCCGCCGCAGCUGCCGCGGCGGCGGCUGCUGCUGCUGCCGCGGCAGCGGUGGCAGCGGCCUCCGUGCCCCCUGGGCCGAGCUUGGCCUCUCUGGGUCACCCGGGCCACUCUCUGGGUCACCACGAGUCUCAGCUGCACCUCAAGGGCGACCCGCACUAUUCCUUCAACCACCCCUUCUCCAUCAACAACCUCAUGUCCUCCUCGGAACAGCAGCACAAGCUAGACUUCAAGGCUUACGAGCAAGCGCUGCAAUAUUCCUCCUACGGGGCCGGGCUGCCGGGAGGGCUGCCUCUGGGCAGCGCAUCCAUGGGCGGCCGGGGAGGCAUUGAGCCCUCGGCCCUGGAGCCGUCCUACUACCAAGGUGUGUAUUCCAGACCCGUCCUAAAUACGUCUUAGCUGGCAGGGACUCGAGGGCGCACCAAGCAGCAAGCUUCCUCCCCAGCAGGGCUGGUUGGUUUGGCCUCUCCCAUCCUCCCCCUUCUCCUAGAUCUCUCAGCCGAAAGUGACGGUGCGUUUCCCCCAACACCAUCCCUGCGAGGCGGGGGAAGCAAAAGGAGAAGGGGGCGGAGAGCAGAAGAAAGGACUGUUACUUUAUUAUUAUUAUUAUUGUUAUUGUUAUUAUUAUUAUUGUAUCCCCCCCAAUGCAUAGUGUUUAUUCUAUUUUGGCCUGGAAAGUCCAGCAAAUCGCAUCCAACUCCGCAAACAGACACUGUAUAUACCGCCCACCUUCCCUCGCCAUGACCACGAAAGAUUGAUUUCCAACCUGUAAAUUAUUAUUAUUAUUAGUGGAUUCCCCCCCCCCUCCGCCCCACUUUAACCUUCUUCGGCGUAAUCUCAUCAAUAAAAGCAGACCUACGAAGAUGCCUUAUUCUAGUGAGUCAGAUCUCUGGCUGGCUUGCUCCUGCAAGGUCUCAAGACUGAGCUGUUCCAAGUCCCGCCCCCCCUCCAGCCCAGCCUUUAGAUAAAUAAAUAAAUAAAUAAAUAAAUAAAUAAAUAAAAGGCAGAAUGAGGUGGAACCGGGGGCCUUCUCUGCGUAUACAGGCCUCUCCAGUUAAAGUAGUCCCAAAUGGAGAGGUUUAAGUUAAAUUUAAAUUAGGAAGUGGACAGGGACAGGCGAUACAGUGCUGAAUAUAUAAAUGCGCAUAUAUAUAUAUAUAUGCCAAGGGAGUCCUUGAACAGAACAGCCCCCGGUCCCACCAGAGCCUUGGGGAAAGGAAAUCUCCUAACCAACCCAGAGUUGAUCUGACCGGUUCGUAAUGUCUCCUCUGGGAGAGAUAGGUCACACGCCCAUGGACCAUAGAGCCUGAUCCUGAACCCCCCUGCCCUAACUCUGCAAAGUGACAGGGGUCGCGGCUGGAUAUGGAUGCAAAGUCGCACGGGUCGCAGUCGUUUUAAUUUCCCCCUCCCUCCAAGCUGUUACUAAAGCGUCUCCUUCACCGGGAAGCGCCCUGGCCACGUGGACGGCUGGGUAUUUAAUCCCAGGACCCCUUCCCCGCCGCGUGCAUUCUCGAACUAUAUCUAGCCGUAACAACAAUAAUUAUUGUCAUUCUCCUCUCCCUCCCCCGAAUAUUUUAAGAUAGAAGGGGUUCUCUCCCUCCCUCUCCUCUUCAUCAGAUCAGUCUAUGACCAGUCAUGAUUCUGCCCCUCUCGAAUUUCUUGUGGCCGCUUAAUUAUCGCCGUUGUUAGCACGUUCAUCCAGUGUUAAUGCACUUUCCACCGUUUUCUUUUUUACACGAUGUUUUAGCCUUGCCAGACGGGUUGCUUCCCUUCCUCCUCCUCCCCCCCCAACUUCCCCUCCCUGUUCGCUUUCACGACGUCCUUAAUUUAUUUGCACGGUUUUAUUACUUUCUUUCUUUACAGCUUGAAAGUGCUUUUAAAUGACGGUUUUAAAAAAAAUGACACACACCAUUUUAAAGAAAAUAAAAAAAAAUCUUAAUUUUAUAAUAAAUGUGAUUGUAAUUGAAAAAAAUGUUUUGAUUUUUUUAAAGGAAAAAAAUGACAAUAUAAGCAGCGACG